CAGAUCUUAGAUGGCAGGUAUCGAACUAGAACAGAUCAAGUAAACGUCAAGACAAAAAGAGCAAAACCAAUUUGGGAGGGAGAGAGAAUCGACAACAAUUGGAACAACAGCAAGCACACUAAGCACCCUACCAACUAGACUUUAAUUUAUCUUCUGAAAGGAGAGAAUUGAACAAAUCUGAAAAGAACUAAUUACAAAGCUGAGCGCAAAUUGAACACGUUUUUGUUUGUGAUCUGAGAUCUAAUUCGGAUCCUUGCAUCCUGUAGGGCACUUGUUCACCUUUAGACGACCCUUUCGGACUUUGGACUCAAAUAGUCGAAUUAGAAUUCGAAAAACAAAAGUACGCUGCAAAAUGGCGGCAAGAAAUACUCAGGGAAUGCUCUUGUUGAGUACUGAACUUGCAAAACUCAUGAAAGAAGGGGCCGAAGGAUUUUCAGCCGGACUGGUCAACGACGAUCCCUUCAAGUGGGAAGUAGCAGUCUACGGUCCCCCCGAUACAUUUUACGAGGGCGGAGUGUUCAAGGCAACUCUGACGUUCCCCAAGGAGUACCCAAAUCGCCCGCCCAAAAUGAAGUUUAUGAGCAAAAUGUGGCACCCUAAUAUUGCUAAAGAUGGCGCUGUCUGUAUAUCCAUUCUACAUGACCCAGGAGAGGACAGUUGGGGCUACGAGAGUGCGGACGAGAGGUGGAAGCCAGUGCACUCUGUCGAGUCCAUCAUCCUCAGUGUCAUCUCCAUGCUGAGUGAGGGCAACGAUGAGUCACCCGCCAAUGUAGACGCAGCUGUCGAGUGGAGGAAAGACUACCAAGGAGCCUACAAGAAACAUGUCUUCGAAACAGUUAAAUUGAGUCAACAGGACCUAUUAGGCGAAGACUAACUAGCCGAGACACUAGAAACAAAACGGACACAGCACUGAUGCCACGGAAUUAAACUGAUGACGACAACUGCAAUGAUGUAGAAGCAAUUACUUCCGAGUCAAAGAUGACCCGAAGAAAGAAGCUUGAAUUGAAUAGAACUACUGAGAAACUACUGAUGAAUUAUGACUAGAGGCUGUUUAUCAAUUAAUAUAAUGUCAUGUUAGUAAUUAUUAAAGGUUAUUUAUUGUUGUUGAUAUAAAUGGGAAGAAUAAAUGAGUGAUGAAGUUGAGUGAGUAAGCCUUGAAUAGCGCCUUUGUCAGACUUUUUUCCAGGACGAAACGGUUCACAAAAAUGGCUUUUAUCAUUUUUUGGCAGGGAAAAUGUUGAUUUUUUUAAAUAAAAAAUGAGCAAAUAUUUUUGUCAGAAAAAUCCUUGUAGAAAAUCUGACCGGGUGCUAAUUUUAACCAUGCUUAAUAAAAAAUAGCAUUCUCUAAUUUCAAAUUCAGGAAAAAAGUGAAAAAGAACAAACUAUUUCCUAGAAAUCUUGGACUGGGAAAGAAACCAAAUGUGGGAGUGCUAUUAGCUUAAUGUAGCAGUUUUACCAAAGCAACAAAGCCUUCUUUCUACUUUUUACAAUGAAGUUUGUUAAUAUGUUGUUUGGAGUUUGUUGGAUUUAAUUCUCUCCCCUCGUUCGACCACUUAUGAACUAAGACUUCCAAGUCUUCUGGAAUUUUUUCAAUAUAUUUUUUAAAAAUUAAGGUCAAAAUUAGUUUUUCUUGUUAAAAAACACCUGAUUUGAAUGAGUUAAAAUGCUGUGUUCGCUGAUUUGGUAAUUCUUGGUUGCGAAGGGAGUAUGAUAAAGAAGAAUUGGUUUGUUCGUUGUAUUCGAUUCUACCUCACCACAGAUAAUUGAAAGACGUUCUAGUUUUUUUUCGGAUGCGACGUGUAUUAAUAAUGUAUAAAACGUGAGCAUUAAAUUUGCAAUUUUGAGUUAAUUUGACCUCAUUACAAAAGAAAUGGAAUGAACUCAAUGCUUUCAAAGAGUUGCUCGGUUGAAAGAUGAAAUUUUUUUUUAAAUGGUAGGAUUCACGGGGUGAAAUAGUAGAUAUUUUUCUGGAAACUUCUUGAAAAUAUUGACAUGAGCAUUAGCAUAUUGAGUAGUUAUGAAAUUUGCUGCCCAUUUCCUACGCUGUGUGUAUAAUAACUAUUCGCUUUAGGGAAAUCUUAAUUAUAACUGAUUUCCUUAAACGUGCAAAGGAUACUCUAGCUGGUGUAGCUGUGAACUCUAUUUGAUGUUGAAAUAUCUUUUGUAUGGUUGUUCUUGGAAGUCCUUUUGGUGCUAUUUUUCUUAAUUUUAUCACUUUCCAUCAUACUAGUUUUCCUCGCGCUCACCACGCUUUUAAGUUCGCCCGGAAUCUGUUCACGUUGAGCCUCACCGCGGGUUGAAUUACAUAACGAUUACAUAAUAAUUACAGAAAACUCACAUGAAAAUUAUGUUAUGUAUUAUUCAAUAAAUUAUUGGCUACUUUCAGUACUUCUUAUUAGUGUUCCUUUUAGUGAAAUAGAUGUUUUUUCUUUGCUGCUCGGCAAUAUUAGUUAUGUAAUUCAACUUGCUGGCUUCUUGAUCCGUUAACUUAGAACUCUUACGUUUUUGUUGCUUAAAUUGUAGUGUUCGCUCUAAUUUGUAAGGCUGUCACGGAAGCUCAAUUCUUUUCUGAAACUCUCCUUCAAAUUGCGAUUUGAGAUCCGUGAAAUAUGCCGCUAUUUUUGAAUUCGAAGUUUACGUGAAAAAUAAAACUUGCUGAUAAUGCGUAAAACUGAGUAAAUUUAUUCUUCGAUACAUCUU